GGACAUUGGUGGAAAUUUCCGCAAAAACGAAAUAAAAAUAGAAAUAGCAUCGACCGCCGCGAAAACGACUGCACACAAUGCACAAAGGUGCGCCACCCUGGCAAUUCGCUGCCACGGUGGAGGCCAACACAGCAGAUAAGCAGACGAAGGAGGAAGAAGCAUCCGAAAAACUGAUAAGAUUCGCCAUGUCCCCAAACGCCGCAGUAGCUGCAGCAGCCGCAUCGCCCCCAACCCUGUGCUGGCUGCUCCUCUUGCUGCUGUGCAGCCUGCCACUGCCCCUGCCCGUGGCAGAGGCCAGCCACAUAAGCGGCGACUUCCAGACGGCGGACUUUUUCCAGUUUCUCGUGAAGUUUGGUUUCAACAAGGCCGAUCCCCCGACGCGACGCAUUGCCUAUGGCUAUAUCUACGGUAAUGUCACAUCCCCGGAGAACUACACGGCCCCCGUGACCCUGGUGGUGCUGGACAAGUCCACAUUUCUGCACUUUUACGGGAACCGCAGUCAUCGGAGCAGGGAGGUGGCGUGUUCCACGAUGUUCUCGCGGCUGCAGAGCAUUGCCUAUGAUCCCAAGUGCAAUCCCCAGGGAAAGCGUGACUUCCUCAGGCAUGUGCCCUGUCCCAGGGGGCAGCUGUGCAGCGACGAGGAUGCCCCGGCGAAUGUAAUGCCAGGACAUCAGUUUACGUACGUGAUCAACCUGGAGGCGGAGCCGCGCUUCUGGUACAUGGCCCUGGUGGCCUGCUACCAGAAUCAGAGCACCUGCCAGUGGCACGCGCACGAGAGCCUGCCGCGGAUCAGCAACCGGAGCAGCGGACUGCUCCACACACUGCACUAUGAUAUCCAUUUGGUUAAUGUGCAUCCGAACAACUCGGCAGCACAUCCGCUCACCUUUCAGUACUCCUACGACCAGCAGAACCUCCUGGAGAUGUACCUAAUCUUCCUGCUCGUCUACAUUGUGCUCCUGCCCAUGCAGAUUUAUGCGGUGCGGCGUCAAAAGCAUCCCGUCACGAAGCUCUUUACGCUGAGUCUGCUCAGCGAAUUCGUCAGCCUGGCACUGAUCACGGCCCAUCUGAUCCACUAUGCGGCGAAUGGAGUGGGCCAGCCACGGCUGCAGGCGGCGGGCGAUGUGCUGGACAUACUCAGUCGGACCACCUUCAUGCUGAUCCUCCUGCUGCUCGCCAAGGGAUGGGCGGUGACCCGGCAGCAGAUCAGUCGCACUGGCUGGAUCAUCCUAAUGUCCAUCUGGGUGCCAUACUGUGCGUUCCAUGUGUUCCUCUACAUCUGGGAUCGGACGGAGGUUGACAUUGUAUCGGAUAUCGAUGAAUACCAGACCUGGCCCGGCUGGAUUGUCCUGAUCCUGCGCACCUCCUUUAUGAUGUGGUUCCUGUAUGAGCUGCGGAACACCAUGAAAUACGAGCAUUCCACGAAGAAAUUGGAUUUCCUUUUGCAUUUGGGCGCCUCCAGCCUGGUGUGGUUCAUCUACCUGCCCAUUGUGGCCAUUGUGGCAUUGCAGAUCAGCCCCAUGUGGCGCUACAAGCUGCUCCAGGGCAUUACAAACUCGGCCGACUGUCUGGCCUACUGUGUGAUGACGGGUCUGCUGUGGCCCCAUCGGGCGGGGCAAUAUCUCCUGCUCGCAGGCACCAAAUAUGCAGGCAUGGAUGAGCUGGAUGAAUUCAAUGAGGCUCCUCAUAUUGUCCGCGAACGCGAGCGUCGUAGGAAUUCCCCGCCCGAUGAUAUCUCGAUUGGAACGAGCAGUGGGAGCCGUGGCAUGGUGCUGUCUACGAGCAUUCCCCAUUCUCUAAACGGCGAUGCCUGCAACGAUCUGCUCGAGGCAGAGGAUUUGGAUGCCGAACUACUCACCGAUCUGAACAAGAAUAGCCAUAUUGUGGCAUAGAAUGCCACAGAUCUGAUACCCCCUCCCCGCUCCCCGCACACAGAUACAGAGUUCGAACAGAAAACGGGUUAAUUACUAGAAUUUUUGUAGAAAAUUGUGCUAAAUCACGCUACACUAGACAUAUAGUAUAUAUGUAGCAUUACAUUGAAUCGAUGUAUAUUCCACAUAGUCUGUAGACCUACAACGAAGAUGGAAAAGAGGGAAAGAUAGAAAGUGCAGAAAGCAGAAAGGAGCCGCAGAAAUGCAAGUCCAGAAGGAUGCCACAAAGAUGAAAGUGCAACAGAUUGCAGCAAAGAUUGUUGUGAUUUUAUAUUAAUAUGCUUGAAUUUAUUAUUAGUUUUUGU